AAGUUUCCGUGUUCUGUUAUUGGUUAUCUUUGCCACGUGGACCGCGGUUUGGAUUCUGCUGUUGUCAGUCCAUGUAGAAAUUGGGUUUGUGACACGAACUGAACAGUUGCAUGUUAGCGUUAGCCGUUAGCACAAAGCUUACGUCGCCUUUAAUAAAAUGUACUAUAAACCUUUUCCAUGCUAGCAAACUCACACAGUCUACAUCUUAAAUGUUCAAAUGUGUCCAAGCAUGAGUUUGGGCAAUAAAGGCGUAUUUGGAGCUAAAUAUAUGUGAAAUGUGCAUCAUAAAUAGCCAUUUGUUUAUUCUCCCUGUGUAAAACUAGCGUCAUGUUUACGUAGAAGCACUGUCAGUAAACUGCGCGCACAUACCUCGUCUUUGUUUCUGUAGGGCUAUACCAGAGAUAACGGCUCUAUAUUUAUCGGUUUAUGAAUAAUCUAGGAUCUAGUGAAUAUGGUAACUAUUAGUUACGAUCCUUAUUUGUGAAGGUGUGUGUGAAUGGGUGAAUGAGACUGUAGUGUAAAGCGCUUUGGAGUCCCCUGGCUCUGAAAGGCGCUAUACAAGUGUGGGUCAUUUAUCAUCCUCAUCAUCAUCUAUUUCCCAAGUUGUUGCAGCAGGUAUAAUGAGGAAAGCUGGUGUGACUUGUGAAACUGAGUUCUAUUUAAUUUUCUAGUUUAUUGAAUUUCACACAGUUGCAUGUAUUCUAAGGCUAAUUUAUUUACAUCUGGAUGUUCAUUCUAGGAACUGAAAUUGAAGGAUAGGUAUAGAACUAAUCUGCUGUACCCUAUCUGGGAGAAAAUACCAUGUUUAUUUAAUUUUUAAUUUUAAUUAAACAUUAAAAUCACUGGACACAACUAGUGGUGAAACUGAGCAACAUGAUAACAUAUAAAAUGUAAAAAGAUUAAUUGAUCAUAUAUUCAGGAGCUAAACAUUUGCAUAUUGGAUUUGUGGCAUUUGACUGCUCAUCCAAAAGUGUCUGUUCUGACAAGUAGCGUUUUUCCACCGUUAUGCUCAAAGUCUUUUCUGUGGAAACUGGCAUCGUAUGUAAAGUAGAUCUUUGUGAAAACUUCCUCUGCAAUGCAGGCUCACCAUGCCAGGAGCUUGUUAGCCAAGUUUAUGGUCAUAUUCUUCUCUGACUGGAUAAAAAGCCAGUCAAUAUUAAAAAUGUGGAACACACUAUUUAUUAUUUCUGAUUAUAAUCAGACACACUGCAUUUUUCAUGCAGGCUGAACAUGAAAAUAGUUUCCUACACCCAUGUCUUGCAUUAGCUUCUAGAAACUCUAGGAUUUGAAAAUUGUGACAGAUCUGGAUCACACUGUCACUUACCAUUCAUAAAGUCACCCAACUUGAGUUUCAAAGGGGAAGGCUGUUGUUGGCUUAGCGUCCAAGAAACAGAAUGUCCUGACUAGUAGAUGCUAACCUUUAGCAUUAGCAACUCCAUUAUCCAGCAGAACACCUUCAGCCAUAAAGGUAUAGCAAUCAAUGUUUUUUUCCUGGUUGAAUCACGUCAACCAUUGGUCCGCAAAAAUGUCAAUUUCUUUUGAAGCCAAUCCUAGGUUAGUUUUCACCUCCUGCGCAUGCGUACUCUGUGCACCCCCUCACUGUCAUGGAAGUCAGGAAGAGGCUAACGCGGUCCAGUCUGCUCCCCACAGACGCCGCUGUUGCCGGUUUUUCUGCUCGAGAGGCAAGCUAACGUUCUGCAUGCUAUUUUUAGAGCCUCUUAUUACACAUUACAGCCGGCAGCUACUUAUAAACAGGUGCUGGGAGAGUGUUGUGCAAUGUGGAGAGGGCGGUUCUUUCCUAAAAUUCAGAAACAUCGAUUGCUAUACCUUUAAGUUAUUUGUGGCGAUAAAACAUCAAUGAUGCAGAGCAAAUAGUCAGUGGUAGUUGCGUUGCUAUUAGUCAUUCAGAGACAUGAUUCCAAAUAUCAGUAAAUAAGACUCCAAAUAAUGCCUUGUUAAGCUCUUUGAUGGUGUGGUCUUUAAUUUCUUCCAGUUUUGACUUUUAUUAAGCAACAUUGACUGUACAUUAAUUAAUCAAGAUACACUUGUUUUAAUGGUUGUGCAGGCCACCAUUUAAAUGGCUUUUAAAUGGCACACCAUUUACAUGCUGCUUGGCACAGCUAAGUAUGCCAGAUUGUAAAUGGUGCAGACCUACUGCUAGUCCCACUCAGGGAACCGUCCGUUUAAAAUGUUCUCAUUUUACAUGUUUUCUUGACUAGCUUUAACUCUUAUACACUUGACUGUUUCUCUUCAUAGGGGGACAUUUAUGUAAGCCUCUUCAUGUUUUUAAGAAUAAUAAUAUUUUUUGUUUCGUAAUCGUAUUAGUGGUUUUCUCUGUAAUCACUUAUGACACUUUUUCCAACAGCUCUACUCAGUGCAACACAAAUCAAAUUGGUCCAGCUGAGCAGCUUGUCCAUCAUUAAUGGGCUGUGUUUGCCAUUAGCGUUUCAUGAACAAUUUAAAACUGAUUCACCCUCAGUUCCAUCAGAUGUUUUUGGAUGUGUUUUAGCUCUUUGCUUCACCUCAAAACACAUUACUUGUACAUUUACUUCCAGCUUCUGCCAUGAUGCCAAAAAAAAAAAAAUUCUUCUGCUUUUUAUUGACUGUCGCUGAACUGAAAAAGCUAACUGCUAGUCUUUAUACGAGCUGUCGGCACAGUAAUCAGCUAACAGCGUUGAAGCAGGUAGACCCUUGGACAUGAAUACAUAGACACCCCAUUAGGGGCUGGAGAGAGGAACAGCAUCACUGCCAUAUAGGGAGCCUAAGUCUUCUCCCCUUCUGGCCGGCUCAUGGGUUCCCGGAGGAACGAAAAAAUAAGAGUCAAUGGGGCUAAAAGAGCUAUUUUCUAAUCCGCUUUGUCAUAGGCUCUGAAUUGCACAUAUAUUGUACUUCAAAUUAAUUGAAAACCAAUGAUGAGUGUUUUCACCACGCCAGUGACAUACUUUGAAAUUCAUCAGCUUGUAAAAUUUCGUAAUUAUCAUGACUACAAAUCAGACAUUGGUACAUCGCAUAUCUGUUACUUAUUUAGGAUUUCAAGGUCGCUGAACUUACAGCCAUCUUCCCUCUGUUUUUCUCCGUGUCUGGUUAGAUGACGUCACUUUUGUGAAGCGCAUUUGUAGUCCUGGACUUAUUUCACACAAAACCUGAAAUGGCGUUUCCCCUCGUUUGGAAACAAGCGCAUUCUUGGUAUCAAAAUUUGUCUUUAAAUUCACUGACAUCAAAUGUGAAGUCCAUAGCACAUAACAAGCAGACUUAGAAAAUAGUGCUUUUAGCCUCAUUGACUUGCAUUCUUUUUUUCUUUUUUUCAUUCUUCCGGAGACCCAUGGUCCAGAAGAAGAUGGGCGGACUUAGGCUCCCUAUUGGGAGAUGUCAGCUUUGUGUGGUACCAGCUGCCAAGAUCUUGGUCACCCAUCCACAGAGAAAGAAGACAAAGAGCAUCCACGUCUACUCAUUCCAGAGUUAUGUCGACUCUUCUACCAGUUAGGAUGGGUAACGGGUACAGGAGGUGGGAUCAGCCUGAGGCGAGGUGAUCAGAUUUACGUUGCGCCGUCAGGUGUCCAAAAAGAGAGAAUUCAGCCAGAAGAUAUGUUUGUGUGUGACACAGAGGAGAGAGACAUCAGCUUCCCACCUGCCUGGAAAAAGUUAACGAAAAGUCAAUGUACACCGCUUUUUAUGAAUGCCUACACUAUGAGAGGGGCACAGGCAGUUAUACACACCCACUCGAAGGCUGCUGUCAUGGCAACGCUGCUGUAUCCUGGAAAAGAGUUCAGGAUAACGCACCAGGAGAUGAUAAAGGGGAUUCGUAAGGGCACCUCAGGCAUAAACUAUCGAUAUGAUGACAUGUUGGUGGUGCCUAUUAUUGAGAACACGCCAGAGGAGAAGGACCUGAAAGACAGGAUGGCUCGGGCCAUGGAACAAUACCCGGAUUCAUGUGCCGUGCUUGUCCGCCGACACGGUGUCUAUGUUUGGGGCGAGUCUUGGGAAAAAGCAAAAACUAUGUGUGAAUGCUAUGAUUACCUGUUCGACAUUGCCGUCCAGAUGAAGCGGUGUGGAUUGGACCCCUCGGACCUUCCAGUGGAAGAAAAGGGAAUAGUCUGACAUUUGCUGGCGCUCAUUGUACAGACAUUUGUUACAAAAGGGUUAGUUGAGUUCAAUCAGGAGGGCAGAUUGUAAUCAUUUGCCUUUCACGGCAGGCUGGUUCAAAAUUGAUGAAAUUUGAUGGUAAGGGCAAAUGCAGGACUGAAGAUCGAAUGGCUGCAAUCUGGAAGUACCUGGAGGUACACUGUAAAGCACUGUGGGACAACUCACUAGAGACUCGCUGUCAAACCGAUGUCCUCAGGUUCAAAUGCUUUAUUGUUCAAGCCUGACUGCUCUGGAAUCAAGGUUUUGCUGUAUGUCAUGAAUAAAAGGAACAUAGAUUUCUCACCUAAUCUGAAAUAUUUUUAACUUCUUCCGCCUCACUGAAUGAAAGAUUUUGCGACUUACAGAUUUUGUGUGUAGCUAUUUCUGCCAGUUUUAUUUUUAAGCCAUAUUUCAAGUUAAAUCAUUUAGAAAUGAGAUACAACUUUGAGUGGUGGAAUAAACAGCUUACACCCAA